GUUCUGCCGUACCAUGUUAAAAGAUCACAAUGUGACAACUCGACAGUCUUUCCACCAACUUGUGCAAAAGAAACCAUUUCUUCCCUCUGCAGCAUGGCACACCGCAGUAAGAGGCAUGUUUAUUCAAACUCAGGACACACCAAAUCCAAAUAGCCUGAAGUUUAUUCCAGGGAAGGAAGUGCUGGAGUCGAGGACUAUGGAGUUUUCCACGCCAGCUGCAGCAUUUUGCUCACCUUUAGCAAGACAGUUAUUCAGAAUUGAAGGAGUUAAAAGUAUUUUCUUUGGACCGGACUUCAUCACAAUCACCAAGGAGAGUGAAGACUUGGAUUGGAACUUACUGAAACCAGAUAUUUAUGCAACUAUAAUGGAUUUCUUUGCCUCUGGCUUACCUGUAGUCACUGACGAGGCACCUAGGACGGAUACAGCUGCAUCAGAAGAAGAUGAUGAAGUUGUACUGAUGAUUAAAGAACUGCUGGAUACGAGAAUAAGGCCGACAGUGCAAGAAGAUGGUGGCGAUGUUAUUUAUAAAGGCUUUGAGGAUGGGAUUGUGCAGCUGAAGUUGCAGGGUUCGUGCACCAGCUGUCCCAGUUCCAUUAUCACCCUGAAGAGCGGGAUACAGAACAUGCUCCAGUUCUACAUCCCUGAAGUCGAAGGCGUGGAACAGGUUGUUGACGACGAUGAUGACGUGGAAAAAGAAGCAAAUUCUACUUGAGCUAGCAUCAUCUGUGGCCAAAUAAGUAUUUACCUCGUGGUGUACGUAAAUUCUCUUUGUGCUGAGGAACAACCAAAUUUGCCUUUCUUUCUAGAAAAAUAGUUGCACUUAUAUCUCUGAAAAUGUAUCAUCAGUUUAAGCAGUUUGUCCACUAAUUUAUUAAAUGCCCUGCGUUCAAA